AUGGCGAAGCCAAUCUUCUCCCCUGGCAGUGCAAUUCAAAGAGCGAAGCCACUGUUCGAGCUGUCUGAUGCUGGAGGUGAGACUCAUUGCGGUAAACGUGCGAAGAAAUCCACAAAAGUAGCGCUUCCUGCUCGGGCCGAACAAGUCAUCCCAUUCAACUCCGAAACGAUACUCGAGGCCAUAAAUUGCUCGCCUGGAAUUUCUCUCGGUUCUAGUGGAAGCCAGGGUGACCUAGCACAUUUGGAUUUGGAACUAGCCGACGCCAAAGAUCUUUUUGCUGAGUCUAUUACACGUACAAUUGAUGGUGAACUUCCUGAGCAAGGCACUGAACGACUUUCACGACGCGAUGGCGAUGAUACAACCAAUGCUGGCACCGACCCUAUGUUAUCAGCGAUGCCUAGUCGGUCGUUGGUCUCCCUGGCACCUUUGAAAGCUCCACUACAAAAAUUCAAAGUAAGUAAAAAGCAGGGAGAGUGA